AUGAGUUCCCCAUUGCGACCUAACCCGGCGUCCGCUAACCGCGGAGCGACUCCACGGGCGAGUCGCAAGCGCUCUCGAACCGGAGGCGACGAUGGAAAUUCGUCAGUAGGGGCUGCCAGCAGCCCGAUGCCUUCCUCGCCGCCAGCCUUCAACAUUGCGCAUGGAGUAGACGAUGACGACGAUAUCGAGGAGGAUGUUGAGAUCCAGGAUGACAUUGAUGAUCUCGAUGAGAUGGCGGAGGAAGGCGUUGAUCUCUUCCGCGAAGGCUUCGAGCGAGACUAUGAAGAAAAGAUGACAGAAGAUGGCUAUGAAGAGAUUGGGCUUGAUGACGAGGGCGACUAUGAAGCCAUGUCUAUUGCUGAGAGGCGGCGCCUUGAAGCCCGUCUCAACAAGAGAGAUCGGGAGGUUGCACGGCGAGCAGCCAUCCCCGCUGCAUUUCUUCCUGGCGAGGACGAUGAUGGCGAUAUCGACUUAUCAGCCCAGCCACGCCGUCGCCGACACCACUACGAUGAAGACCCAGAUGAGGACAUGGACGGCGAUAUCAUGGAGGAAGAACUCUCCCUUGAGGCCCUUCAGGAUGUCAAGGCGUCCAGCCUAACGGAAUGGGUCUCUCAACCUGCAGUCCAGCGAACAAUUCGGAGAGAGUUCAAGGCUUUCUUGACUUCGUACAUUGACGAAAACGGUUCCUCCGUCUAUGGUAACCGCAUCCGCACGCUUGGUGAGGUCAACGCCGAGUCCCUUGAAGUCUCCUACGACCAUCUAUCUGCCUCCAAAGCGAUCCUCGCGUAUUUCCUUGCCAAUGCGCCGGCCGAGUUGCUCAAGCUCUUUGAUGAGGUUGCCAUGGAUGUCGUCCUCCUUCACUACCCCGACUACGAACGAAUUCACUCCGAGAUCCAUGUUCGCGUCAUUGACCUACCCGUCCAUUAUACCCUAAGGCAACUUCGCCAGUCCCACUUGAACUGCCUCGUCCGAGUCACUGGUGUCGUCACCCGGCGUACCGGGGUCUUCCCUCAGCUCAAAUAUGUCAAGUUUGACUGUACAAAGUGCAAGGCGACGCUCGGCCCCUUCCAGCAGGAAUCCAACGUUGAGGUCAAGAUCACAUACUGCCAGAACUGCCAAUCACGCGGACCCUUCACUCUAAACUCGGAAAAGACGGUUUAUCGCAACUACCAGAAGAUCACCCUUCAAGAAUCGCCAGGAACCGUGCCAGCAGGUCGUCUACCACGAUCCCGGGAGGUCAUCCUUCUCUGGGAUCUCAUCGAUCUGGCAAAGCCUGGAGAUGAGAUUGAAAUUACCGGAAUUUACAGGAAUAACUAUGACGCGCAGCUCAAUAACCGCAACGGCUUCCCUGUAUUCGCCACUAUCCUCGAGGCCAACAAUGUUGUCAAGUCUCAUGAUCAGCUCGCCGGAUUCCGCCUUACCGAAGAGGAUGAGCACGAGAUUCGAAAGCUUUCGCGAGACCCUAACAUUGUCGACAAGCUCAUCAACUCGAUCGCGCCAUCUAUUUACGGCCACACCGACGUGAAGACCGCCGUCGCACUAUCUCUCUUUGGUGGUGUCUCCAAGACCACGACCGGCGGGCACCGUAUCCGUGGAGAUAUCAACGUGCUCCUCCUAGGUGACCCCGGAACGGCCAAAUCGCAGGUUCUGAAAUAUGUUGAGAAGACGGCACAUCGAGCUGUCUUCGCUACAGGCCAAGGUGCUUCGGCUGUCGGUCUCACGGCUAGCGUCCGGAGAGACCCAGUGACGAGCGAGUGGACUCUGGAAGGUGGCGCCCUCGUGCUUGCGGAUAAGGGAACCUGUAUCAUCGAUGAGUUUGACAAGAUGAACGAUCAGGACCGUACCUCUAUCCACGAAGCCAUGGAACAGCAGACGAUCUCCAUCUCCAAGGCGGGUAUUGUUACCACGCUCCAGGCGCGCUGCGGCGUCAUUGCCGCAGCCAACCCUAUCGGUGGAAGAUACAUUUCUACCAAGCCUUUCUCGAUGAAUGUGCAACUCACGGAGCCUAUUCUGUCGCGUUUCGACAUUCUCUGCGUGGUGCGCGACACCGUCGACCCGGAAGAGGAUGAGAGGCUGGCCAAGUUCAUCGUUGGCUCCCACAGCCGCAGCCACCCGUCGUCGCAGGCCGCCGCUCAGGAUUCGAUGGAAGUUGAGCCGGACUCGGCAAGGCGGGACACUCAAGAACCGGGCUCUAGCACAAAGGAGGGCGAGAUCCCACAAGAGCUUCUGAGGAAGUAUAUCCUCUAUGCCAGGGAACGAUGCUCGCCGAAGCUCUACCAUAUGGAUGAGGACAAGGUCGCGCGGCUCUUCGCCGAUAUGCGUCGAGAGUCCCAGGCAACCGGCGCUUAUCCCAUCACUCUCCGUCACCUUGAAGCCAUCAUCCGUAUCAGCGAGGCCUUCUGUCGUAUGCGUCUCUCGGAAUACUGCUCGUCGCAGGAUAUCGACCGCGCCAUCGCCGUGACAGUCGAGAGCUUCAUCGGCAGUCAGAAAGUGAGCGCGAAGAAGGCGCUAGCGAGAGCGUUUGCCAAGUAUACGCUCGCGAGGGCGGGUGGCAAGGCGAAAAGGGCGGCGACUGGUAGGGGCUCGGCAGCCGUGGCUGCGUAG